AUGCUUUACCUGUACGUCUUGAUGAUGGUGAUGAUGAUGUUGGACACUCUCGCGGCCACCACAGAGGACUGGAAGGACCCCCAUGAUGUUCUCAUCAAUCCACGAGGACAGAAAGUCUGCUUGCAACAAUGUGGAACCCCGAAGUUGCUUUGCCCGGAAGCAUUUUUUCUUGACCACAGUGGUUCCUGCUUCCGUUGUUGCAGCAUUUGGAAUGAGACGGUGAUUAGGAUCGAUUGCAAGGAUAGCUAUUCAGCGGCAGCUUCAAUGCCCAAGUCGAUAAGCAGCUGGCUGGGCAAUGCGACAACUACCUCGAUGAGUAAUGCGACCAUCAGUUCUCCAGCUCGUAUGACCGAAGUACAUCGCCACAGCAACAUUACGAGCGAACAUCAACUAGCCCCAAGCCGAUUGCAUGGACAAACCUCCUUGCGAGACAAAGAUUCGAAUCAAUACCAAUUGAAACUCCGACACCGGUCAAACUGUAUUCUGCUAUGGGCUUGUCUCGUCCUCCACAAUCUCCAGACAACUGCAAAGCCGCUCGCACGUUCGAUCUUUGAAGGAAAGGGGACCUGA